AUGGCCACUACCACCAGCCGUGCUGCCUUUGAGGCGGUUUUCCCCUCGUUGGCUGAAGAUCUCCUAGAGCAUGCUCGGAAAUAUAACCUCCCCGAGAAUGCGAUGAAGUGGUUCGAGAAGUCCCUCAACGCCAAUGUCCCCGGUGGCAAGCUCAAUCGCGGUCUCUCGGUCCCCGACACCGGCCUGGCUCUCCUCCAGAAGCCCCUGACGGACGAGCAGUUCAAGCACCUCAGCACCCUGGGCUGGUUGACCGAGCUGCUCCAGGCCUUCUUCCUGGUCAGCGAUGAUAUCAUGGACAGCUCGAUCACACGCCGUGGCCAGCCCUGCUGGUACCGGUACCCAGGCGUUGGGCUGAUCGCCAUCAACGACUCGUUCAUGCUCGAGUCCGGCAUCUACCACAUUCUCAAGAAGCACUUCCGCUCGCACCCGGCGUACGUCGACUUCAUCGAGCUCUUCCACGAGACGACCUGGCAGACAGAGCUGGGCCAGCUGUGCGACCUCAUCACCGCGCCCGAGGACAAGGUCGACCUCGACAACUUCUCCAUGGAGAAGUACAUGUUCAUCGUCACCUACAAGACCGCCUACUACAGCUUCUACCUCCCCGUCGCGCUGGCCCUGCUGUACCUUGAGCUCGCCACCCCCGAGACCCUCAAGCAGACCCACGACAUCCUCAUCCCCCUCGGCCAGUACUUCCAGGUCCAGGACGACUACCUCGACGCCUACGGCGACCCCGCCGUCAUCGGCAAGAUCGGCACCGACAUCCAGGACAACAAGUGCUCGUGGUUGAUCAACCAGGCCCUGCAGCGUUGCAGCGCCGACCAGCGCCAGAUCCUCGACGCCGCCUACGGCCGCAAGGACGCCGACCUCGAGGCCAAGGUCAAGACCAUCUACCACGCCCUCGACCUCGAGAAGGUCUACAAGGAGUACGAGGAGAAGGCCGUCAGCGAGAUCCGUGCCAAGAUCGCCGCCAUCGACGAGUCCCAGGGCCUCAAGAAGGAGGUCUUCGAGGCCUUCCUGGCCAAGAUCUACAAGCGCACCAAAUAG